UCUAUAAAAGUAUAAAUGUGGGGCUCUGGCCACAGUGAGACAAAUGACUGAGACCCACAACUUAUUCAGUAUGUCACCCCUCUCCUUGUUCACCUUCACCUGCAUGGUACUCUGUGCAGUGCACUGUUCCCCCUCAGAGCAUGGUUCAUCUGACAUUUCUGAUGAUCUGGAGGAGAACCCAAUCUAUGACAACAGUCUGAAUGAAGAGGAAAGUGAUAUCUCAACUUUACUGGAGAAAGCCAACAAGAAUGUGGGGCAAGGACUGGACGAGCCGACUGUCAUUGGGGACAUUGCAGUUCCUACUGAUCUUGGGAACGCUGACCCUUGCACAGCUCGUGGAUGCAAGUGGAAAAAAUCUAAGAAAGGCAUUGUUUACGUGCCCUAUCGCAUCUCCAAACAGUUCUCAAGGCGGGAGAAGUGCAUCAUUAAGCGUGGGCUGAAGUCUUUUGCCUCCAGAACCUGUAUCCGUUUCAGGCGACGCAGAAGGGAGUGCGACUUUGUCGACAUCCAGUCUCGCUCAGGGUGUUACUCUUUUGUAGGGCGGCGAGGUGGUGGUCAGGUGGUGUCUCUGAGUCGCAGGGGCUGUGUCUAUCACAAGAUUGUCCAGCAUGAACUCCUGCAUGCCCUAGGUUUUGACCACGAGCAGACACGCAGUGAUCGUGAUCAGCAUGUUCGUAUCUUGUAUGAGAACAUCAAGCCAGGUCACAAGCACAAUUUUAGGAAAAUCAAAACCAACAACCUACAAACUCCAUAUGACUACAACUCUAUCAUGCAAUAUGGGAGGUAUGCCUUCUCCAAAGAUGGGAAGCCAACCAUUGUCCCCAUCCCAAACAGUAACGUGGCAAUUGGAAGAGCGAAAGAGAUGAGUAACAAUGACAUUCUGCGGGUGAAUAGGCUCUAUCGAUGUGGAAAAUAUGAGUAAUUGAAGACGCCUAUCUCAAAAAGAAGAUUUGCUAGGAUUUUUCUGGAAAAGCUUGCUUUAUGUCAUAAAUAAAUUUCAGACAUAGUCACAUCCAGAAUAUGAAUAAUCUGAAUUAUAAUAAUAAUAAUCUAUAUCUCUGUAUCAAACAGGAAGAUCUGGCUAAUUCAAGACUGGUAUCACAAAGACAAGAUUUGCUUGCUUUUUUAUUUGCUUGCUUUUUUCUGGAAAGCUCACUUCAUCAAAUAAUUCUUAAAAAUAUAUCAAUGUAUGUCAUGAAGAAAAUAAUGAGCUAAAAUCUGAAUUGUGUCAAACAUGUCUGUACUGCAAAUAAAACAACAUAUCUGCCUUCCAAAAAAA